AUGUUCAUCCUAAAGCUGCCAGCAGUUCUCCUUGUGCUGUCUGUGGCAUUAAACCAUCUGAAAGCUACCCCCAUUGAAAGUCACCAGGUGGACAAACGGAAAUGCAACACGGCCACAUGUGCAACACAACGCCUGGCAAAUUUCUUAGUUCGUUCCAGCAACAACCUUGGUGCCAUUCUCUCACCUACCAAUGUGGGAUCCAAUACAUAUGGCAAGAGGAAUGCAGAUGAGGUUUUAAACAGGGAACCACUCAUUUACUUACCCCUUUAA